GCGGUCAGCUGGUCCCGCCAAGUGUAAACACUACAAGUGUCUCCAGGUGUCUCAAAUGGUUUUAACCUCAUAAUAUAUACCUUGAUCCAGAUUCACUCAACUCAGUUGAUAUGUUGAUGAGAUGGCGGCGGAUGAAAGUGUCUUUAGGAAAACAAUUCGUGCUAAGGAUGUAUUCGAAGCUUACUUUUUGAAGCAUCAUCAAGAUGAUAUUCUCAAAGUUUUGGCAGCUGAAGAUGGACAUUAUUGUGUCGUUGUGAAUUUUUUAACUCUGUUUGAAGAACAUGUAGAGGUAGCCGAGUCCCUCUUAUCUUCUCCAAUGAAGCUUUUGCCAGUUUUAGACAUUGGGCUCUUUCGUGCUGCCAGCAAAAUCUUGGAUGGAGUUGGUGAGGAGAAAGAAGGCCUGACCUUGAAAACCAAUAUUCAUGCUAGAUUAACAGGGCUACCAACAUGUCCAGAGUUGUAUCGUCAUGCAGUGCCUCGUACAUGUGAUGUGGGCAGACUCCUGUGUGUUUCUGGAACGGUUGUUCGCACCACAGCAGCCAAGAUGCUUGAAUACCAAAAAGAAUUUAUAUGUGCUAAAUGUAAACAUGUCUUUAAUGUCAAGGCAGAUCAUGACCAAUAUUACCACAUGAAUAAGCCAAGUCAGUGCCCCAAUCCAGAAGCAUGUUAUUCUAAUAAUUUCAAUCCUCUUGGAGAGUCCUCACAUCCUAUGCAUACCAAAGACUACCAAGAAAUCAAAAUACAGGAACAAGUGCAGAAAUUAGUAGUUGGAACUAUCCCUAGAUCACUUUGGGUGACACUUGAAGACGAUCUUGUUGAUUCGUGUAAACCUGGAGAUGAUAUUUUAAUCUGUGGGACUGUCCACAGGCGGUGGCAUCCAGUUGUGAGAGACUCCCGGCCCAAUAUAGAUCUGGUACUGAAAGCUAACAACAUAACAGUUCGUAACAAGCAACGAUCAGGCACAAUAAUUACAGAUGAGAUGCGUGAGGAAUUCACCAAGUUUUGGGAGCAGUACAAAUAUGAUCCUCUAACAGGAAGAAACAUUUUAUUAGCUUCAUUCUGUCCUCAGGUGUAUGGACUGUAUGUGGUGAAGUUAGCAGUCACAGUGGUGGUUGCGGGUGGUGUGCAGAAAACUGAUACAAGUUGUACCCGAAUUCGAGGAGAGUCACAUCUUCUCCUCGUAGGAGAUCCAGGAACAGGUAAAAGUCAGUUCCUGAAAUAUGUGUGUAACUUGGUGCCACGCUGUGUUCUGACAACGGGCAUCGGAACCACUAAUGCUGGUCUUACAGUCUCUGCAGUGAGAGACGAGGGAGAGUGGGCUCUGGAAGCUGGUGCAUUGGUGCUGGCAGAUGGCGGUAUUUGCUGCAUAGAUGAGUUCAAUAGUGUUCGUGAAGCAGACAGAGCUGCUAUUCAUGAAGCUAUGGAGCAGCAGACAAUAAGUGUUGCUAAGGCUGGACUUGUAUGCAAAUUGAAUACCCGAUGCAGUAUUCUAGCUGCAACCAAUCCUAAAGGCCAUUACGAUCCUGAGGAAUCUCUCAACGUUAAUGUCGCCCUGGCCUCUCCUUUGCUGUCACGUUUUGACCUCAUAUUGGUUCUCCUUGAUACAAGAAAUCCUGAGUGGGACAAAAUAGUGUCAAGCUACAUUCUUGAUGGUCGCGAUCCACUUGCUGGGGAUGGUGGAAGUGAAGAAGACUGGAGUAUGGAGAAACUUCAGGCUUACUUUUGCCAUAUACGCUCCAUUCAGCCCGGUAUGACCACAGAAGCCAAUGCCAUUCUCUCACGAUAUUAUCAAAUUCAACGGAAAGCUGAUCAGCGCAGUCAAGCUAGGACCACCAUUAGAUUGCUUGAGAGCUUAGUUCGUCUGAGCCAGGGCCAUGCAAGACUGAUGAUGCGUGGAGAAGUGACAGCACAGGAUGCUGUUGUGGCUGUAACCUUGAUGGAAGCAUCUAUGUGUGGAGCUUCGGUGAUUACAGGGAUUAAUCCUCUGCAUACAGCUUUCCCUCAUUCUCCAAGUGAAGAAUAUAAGACUCAAGCUAAGAUUGUGCUACAAAAACUCAAUCUUUUUGAUAUCUUAACAAAUGAAAUGGGCAGACUUAACGAACAGGAGAAGUUGCUUAUGAAUUGGAAGCCAAAAAGCUCAACGAAAGAAAACAGUGGUAAAAGUCGAGAUGUGCCAGUAAUUAAGAGCUAUUUUCCAAAGAAAACUUUUACAACUAAUGUGAAUGAGAAUAAAAGAAUACCAGGUAUUGAAGAGCUGGAGGACAAUGUACAGAAACUCAGGGGUGGUAAACAGCAGACGUUGUGCCGUAUGUCAAAGAUGGUGGAAUCAAGUAUUGUGGCUCAAGAUCUUGAUAACAGAGUCAGUAAUUUAGUGGAGGAAUCACUUGACACAAAUAACUUGAACAAUGUUAAGACCAAGAAAAGUUUAAAAAGAGUUUUAGAAGCAAGUGCCUCAAAUAAUGAAGACUUUGAUACUCCAGUUCAGUCAAAUACUAAGAAAGUGAAGAACAAGAAUUCUAAGAAGAAAUUAGAUGUGAGCAUUCAUUCACACAAGAAUAAGGCUGAUGAUGAAUUAUUAGAAGACUUGGAAGAUUUUGAGGAAGGAACAUAUACUUUGAAUCUUUUGGCAGCAAAAAAAAAGAAUGCUUUGUUAUUAAGGAAGUCUGAUGUUGGAAGCAACUAUCAGCCUGAUAAACGUAAACAGAUUGAAGAUGCUCAUAUACGUACAGAAUCCAGUUCUCAAAAUUCUUCUCAGGAUGCAGAAAAUGAAAGUCUAGAGAAUGAAAGAGAAAUUCAAGUAUCGGUAUAUGCAGUUGAAGAGAGAAGCUUCGAAAACCCUGACGAUAUAGACUUCUUUGAAGACAGUUCUAAACAUUUAAAUGUUUCUCAGGAGCAUUUAGUAAUAGAUGUCAACUUAGUAGAAAAUGACAUUUCUAACAAAUUUUGUAAAAAUGCAGAUACUAAUUUAACAGAUAAAAGGUCCACUUCAGGUGGUGGUGAUCAUAUAAUGCCAAUACGCUCUCUAUCACAGACACCAGGAAAACCGUCACUAGCUCUGGAAAGGCCGGGAGAAGGUGAAAAGAUAUUUAGCAACUCGCCCAUUUCUUCCAAUAAAUGGGUAUCGUCAAAGCUGAAGAGUUGUGCAAUUGAUUUAGAUGAUGCUGGGAAUUCAAGUAUGGGAAAACAAAAUAUAUGUCCUGUAAAUAAUCAGGAGGAUGAGACUGUAGAGAAUGGCAGUAUGGAUGUAAAAAACAAAGUUUCUAUGUCUGGACCUCCAUCAGUCUCCAGAAGUAAUUGGUCACCACCAGUUUUACCGUUCAAAAAGCUUUCAUCUUUUUUAAGCCAAGUACGUGGCGCUUCAAAAUCACAUUUAUUUUCAUCUGUUCGACCGCAUUUAGGUGUUGCUUUAUCAUCAGAAGAACUUGAUGAUGCUGAUUUUGAGCUGAAUUUGUAAUAUAUUGUGACAACACCCAGUAUACUUGUGGAUCUGAACAUUAAAUGGUGUGUGUGUGUGUGUAAUUACCUAAGUGUAGUUGCAGGAUGAGAGCUACAUUUGUGGUGCAGCCCAUUUUCCUAACACUCUUUGUAUUAAAACGCUUUGAAACUACUGGCGAUUUUGGCCACCACCACCUUCUCACCUAACUUGUUCCAACAGUCUACUAUUGUUAAGAAAGUGAAUUUUCUUAUAUAUCUUCGGCAGCUUUGUUUAGUUAGUUU